AUGAGAGCAUUUUGUANCACGUGUCACAGUUUCGAUGACUUGUGUUUAAAACCGACGGUCAUAAGAGACGUGGACAAUAACAAUCUAAGUGACGACACGUCGACAAACAACAACAACAAUCGACAAAUCGGAAGCCGCAGGACAAACCGCGGAAAACGAAAAGGACCCGUUAGAGAUCGUCCUCCGUCUCCGUCGGUCGUCCGUAAGCGUCGUCUAGCGGCCAACGCUAGAGAAAGAAGGAGAAUGAAUGGCCUUAACGAGGCCUUUGAUCGCUUACGUCAAGUCAUUCCUAGUCUGGACGCGGACCACAAAUUAAGUAAAUUUGAAACGCUACAGAUGGCCCAAACUUACAUAAUCGCAUUAAGGGAACUCUUACAAAUGGAUGAUUUAAAUAGAUGACUCGGACGUUUUUCUAGUGUUAUUACUUUGUUGGUCCUAUCGUCCUUAUUACACUUAUUAG